ACGCGUUACGUCACGGUGGGCGGAAGUCCCAGCCGCUGUUUUGAAAUCGGGCCGCCGUAGUCGUACCAGCGCCUCUUUCCGCAGAGGCCGGCAACAGCUCAGCCCGAGGCAGACGGGAACCUCUGACGCCUGCUCUCAGGCCCUAUCGGCCUGAGGCCGCAGCCUCGCCAUGUCCACCCCUCCGUUGGCGGCGUCGGGGAUGGCGCCGGGGCCCUUCGGCGGGCCUCAGGCUCAGCAGGCCGCCCGGGAGGUCAACACGGCAUCGCUUUGCCGGAUCGGGCAGGAGACCGUGCAGGACAUCGUGUACCGCACCAUGGAGAUCUUCCAGCUCCUAAGGAACAUGCAGCUGCCAAAUGGUGUCACAUACCAUACUGGAACAUAUCAAGACCGGCUGGCAAAGCUACAGGAUCACCUUCGCCAACUUUCUAUUCUCUUCAGGAAGCUGAGAUUGGUCUAUGACAAAUGCAAUGAAAAUUGUGGAGGGAUGGAUCCCAUUCCAGUGGAGCAACUGAUUCCAUAUGUGGAAGAAGAUGGCUCAAAGAAUGAGGAUCGCACUGGCCCACCUCGUUUUGCUAGUGAAGAGAGGCGAGAAAUUGCUGAAGUGAAUAAGAAUUACAUGAAGUCGUUUCUGUGGCAAAUGUAACCUAGUUAAGAGUAUAACCAAGAACUAAAAAGAAACUCAAACAGAAGAAUCAACAGCUGAAGCAAAUUAUGGAUCAAUUACGAAAUCUCAUCUGGGAUAUAAAUGCCAUGUUGGCAAUGCGGAACUAAACUGAUAUUUAAAUUUCCUGCUUUACACGUUAUGCUGUUUUUUUCCCUCAAGUAUUUUUUCCCUUUGAAGAAGAUUAUUUAUCUGCUUUUAUUCUACUCACUAGAAUUAAAGUUCCUAUUUUUACAUUGCGGUUUUACAUUAAAGUAUUCAUUGGCAGUUUUUUUUUAAGCUAUUGAUUCUGUGAAUAAUUAUUGUAAUAAACUUUGAUAGGGUUUAUGUUUUGGUUAAUCUUCAGGAGUUUUUUAAGCAAAAUAAGUUUUGUAAAUAAAUUUUCAACUUGAUCAGUGGUGGUUUUGCUCAUUUUAUUACCCUUUUAGGAGUAAAGGUUUAAACAGUUUUGCAUAUGGAAAUAUCAAGUACUGUCUUAUCUGUAGUACAAACUAAUUAAACUUGUAAGUCACCA